GCGGAACUACAGAGGGUGGCGCACAGGUCGGGAGGCUUUUCCGCCUCGCGUUUCCCUCCCGCCUGCGCGCCCGCCCCAGCUAUCAUGGCGGCUCCCUUGGCUCUGGUGGUGGUGGUGGCCGUGACCGUGCGGGCGGCCUUGUUCCGCUCCAGUCUGGCCGAGUUCAUUUCCGAACGGGUGGAGGUGGUGUCCCCACUGAACUCUUGGAAGAGAGUGGUUGAAGGCCUCUCACUGUUGGACUUGGGAGUGUCUCCGUAUUCUGGAGCAGUAUUUCAUGAAACUCCAUUAAUAAUAUACCUCUUUCAUUUCCUGAUUGACUAUGCUGAAUUGGUAUUUAUGAUAACUGAUGCACUCACUGCUAUUGCCCUGUAUUUUGCAAUCCAGGACUUCAAUAAAGUUGUGUUUAAAAAGCAGAAACUCCUCCUAGAACUAGACCAAUAUGCCCCAGAUGUGGCCGAACUCAUCCGAACCCCGAUGGAAAUGCGUUCCAUCCCUCUAAAAGUGGCCCUGUUCUAUCUCUUAAAUCCCUACACCGUCUUGUCUUGUGUUGCCAAGUCUACCUGUGCCAUCAACAACACCCUCAUUGCUUUCUUCAUUUUGACCACGAUAAAAGGUAGUGCCUUCCUCAGUGCUAUUUUUCUUGCCUUAGCAACAUACCAGUCUCUGUACCCACUCACCUUGUUCGUUCCAGGACUCCUCUACCUCCUCCAGCGGCAGUACAUACCUGUGAAAGUGAAGAGCAAAGCCUUCUGGAUCUUCUCUUGGGAAUAUGCCAUGAUGUACGUGGGAAGUCUAGUGGUAAUCAUUUGCCUCUCCUUCUUCCUUCUCAGCUCCUGGGAUUUCAUCCCUGCAGUCUAUGGCUUCAUACUUUCUGUUCCAGAUCUUACUCCAAACAUUGGUCUUUUUUGGUACUUCUUUGCGGAGAUGUUUGAGCACUUCAGCCUCUUCUUUGUAUGUGUGUUUCAGAUCAACGUUUUCUUCUACACCAUCCCCUUAGCCAUAAAGCUAAAGGACCACCCUAUCUUCUUCAUGUUCAUCCAGAUUGCUAUCAUCUCCAUCUUCAAGUCCUACCCAACGGUGGGGGACGUGGCCCUCUACAUGGCCUUCUUCCCUGUGUGGAACCAUCUCUACAGAUUCCUGAGAAAUAUCUUUGUCCUCGUCUGCAUCAUUAUCGUCUGCUCCCUGCUCUUCCCUGUCUUGUGGCACCUCUGGAUUUAUGCGGGAAGUGCCAACUCUAAUUUCUUUUAUGCCAUCACGCUGACCUUCAACGUUGGGCAGGUCCGUGACCAGCAGAAGAAAAAUAGUCAUCAAGGAUUCAUAUAAAUCAAAAUUAAUAUGUUGAGGGGCACCUGGGUGGCUCAGUUGGUUAAGCAUCCGACUCCUGAUCUCAGCUCAGGUCUUGAUCUCAGGGUUAUGAGUUCAGGCCCCAUGCUGGGCUCCAUGCUGGGCUCCAUGCUGGGCUCCAUGCUGGGUGUGGAGUCUACUUUAACAAACAAAAAAAGUAAUGUGUCUAAAUUUAGCUUUUUUGAAUGAGUAAGAUAAAAACAUCCCACUCACCCCCAUUCAUCUUAAAAACAGGGAACAUGAGGAAAUCUCUUCCUAAAAUUAUAAUUAAUAGUGGCUCAUGUUUAAAGAGUGCCUGCUAGGGGCCAGGCCCAUAUGAUCCCUUUAAUCUUCUGGAUCAUGUGCUUGUGUGGCCUUCUGAACCUUUCCUUGUGCGCUCGCAUGUACUUGUACGCUCCUGGGGAAGAGUUUCAUUUGUGUGGGUGUUUUAUUAUUGGCAUCAUGAUGAAAUAUGACUUUUUUCUUUUAAUAAAACAUCUUGGCGAUCUUU